GUCUCCGGAGUCUUUCUGGGAGACAACCAGGAUUAGUUGCAAUCUUAAUCAAAUUGUCUUUCACGAUUCCGUAUAUAUCAAUUGCCACCAGAUCGAGCUGGGCAGAUGAGGAUUGCUGUUAGAUGCGGGGCACGUGCACGGGAAUCUCAGUCAGCGAGUCUCGACUCGGAGAUGCGCAGUUUCCCCAUCUAGUGAAUCCAGCAGCCGGACAAUCUUCCCUUUGGUAUAUCCUCUCGCUUGCAGCGGUUCCUUUGACGACUAAAAGCCCCUUGAGCUCUUUGCUCUCUCGUUCCUACCCGGACAGACCUCCACAGAUUCUACAUCAGUAAAUCUUCCCCGCAGGCCACUGCCUGCCUCACCCCACCAUGCCGCCUUACUCGAGCGCCCAGAAGCAACAAAUAACGCAGUUUGUGAACCUCACUCAAGCGAAGGAUACAUCAGCAGCGAAGUUCCUGAAAGCAGCUAGAUGGAACCUGGAAGAAGCAAUUGAUGCAUACUUCCAGAGCUCCUCCGGUACUGUUGCUAGCACGUCUGCCAUCCACAAGGUCUUUGACAGUUAUCGAGAUUCACCCACAGACAACCCCGAUGGCAUCGGAAUCGAAGGAGCCAUGAAAUUCUACGGAGACAUCAAAGUAGGACUGGACGAAGUCGCAUGUCUCGGGAUCGCAGAGCUCCUCAAGUCCCCAUCUAUGGGCGAAUUCACCCGCGAAGGAUUUCUCAACGGCUGGAGAGCCACCGGCUGCGACUCAGUGGGCAAAAUGAUCACCCAAGCUGCAGACAUCCGCGAACGGAUUCCCAUCCAACCAGACCUCUUCCGCCGCGUGUACCGCUUCACCUUCCCGCUCUGCCGCAUGCAAGGCCAGCGCAACCUGCAGUUCGAGAUUGCCGCCGAACAGUGGCGACUCUUCUUCACGCCGCAAAACGGCGGAGUCCAGUGGAAUACCGCUACGACUCCGUGGUUGGAUUGGUGGAUUGAGUUCCUGGAGGAGCGCGGAAAGCGUCCCGUGAAUAAGGAUCUGUGGGAGCAAGUGGAGGUGUUCAUGCGCAAGACUCAGGAUGAUGAGGAAUUUGGAUGGUGGACUGCCGAUGGGGCGUGGCCGGGUGCUUUGGAUGACUUUGUUGAGUGGGUGCAGAAGAAGAGGGGAAAGAGCUCGGAAGCUAUGGAUGUUGAGUAGAGGGGCGCGUCCUCGGUAGAAUCAAAUGGGAUUGCCUCCUCGGAGGUUACGUUGGCAUUUACGAGUGGUGGCUUGUAGAUGGGGAAUCUUGAGAUUUGUAUUGACAUCGGGUACUAUGGCAUUGAGAGGAAGAGGUAUGCAGAUGGUCGCCAGGAUAAAUAAGAGAAAAC